AUGUGGGCUGGGUCCUUUGAGCGACAGCCAGCCCUCCUCCAGUCGGCCAGGCCCCGGGGUCGAGGCAGGCCCCCGCACUUCACCUCAGACGUGGGCAGGGGCUUUGAGCGAGACACAGCCCACAGGGAGGCCGGGCCCCCCUCGGGUCGACGCAGGCACCCGCUCUCAACUCCGACGAGUGUGCUGGAGUUUUUGAGCGACAGCCAGCCCAACAGCAGUCGGCCAGGGCCCCGCUCCUCGAGGCAAGGCGCCCGCUCGUCAACUCAGAGAUGGGGCUGGGCCUUUGAGCGACAGCCAGCCCUCCUCCAGUCGGCCAGGCCCCCGGGGGUCGAGGCUGGCCCCCGCACUUCACCUCAGACGUGGGCAGGGGCUUCGAGCGAGACACAGCCCACCUCCAGUCGGCCAGGGGCCGUAGCUCGAGGCAAGGCACCCGCUCGUCAACUCCGAAGUUGGCUGGGGCCUUUGAGCGACAGCCAGCCCAACAGCAGUCGGCCAGGGCGCCGCACCUCGAGGCAAGGCGCCCGCUCGUCAACUCAGAGAUGGGGCAGGGGUCUUGAGCGACACCAGCCCAACAGCAGUGGGCCAGGGCCCCUUACCUCCAGACCAGGCAGCGCUCGUCAACUCCGAAGUUGGCUGGGGCCUUUGAGCGACAGCCAGCCCACCUCCAGUCGGCCAGGCCUCCGAGACAGGAUGUCCAUGCCAAGCCGACACUCCCGUCGAAGGCAGGCACCCGCACUUCACAUCCGACGUCGCCAGCCCACUCCAGACGGCCAGGGCCCCGUACCUCGAGGCCAGGCGCCGCUCGUCAACUCCGAGGUGGGCAGGGGCGCUUUGAGCGACAGCCAGCCCACAAGGAGGCGCCAGGCCCCUCAGGGCGAGGCCAGGCCCCCGCACUUCCCUCCGAGGACGGCAGGGGCUUUUGAGCGACAGACAGCCCAACAGCAGUGGGCCAGCCCCCCAGGGUGCCGAUCUCCAGGCCAGGCAUCCGCUCGUCAACUCCGAGGGUUGGCAGGGGCUUUUGGGCCACAGCCAGCCCACUCCAGUCGGCCAGGCCCCGUAGGUCGACGCCAGGCAACCGCUCGUCAACUCCGAGUUGGGCAGGGGCUUUGGAGCGGCACACAACCCAACACCAGUGGGCAGGGUGCCGUACCUCCAGACCAGGCAUCCGCUCGUCAACUCCGAGGUCUGCUGGGGCUUUUGAGCGACAGCCAGCCCACCUCAGUCGGCCAGGGCCCGUACCUCGAGGCAGGCACCGCUCGUAACUCCGAGGUCGGCUGGGGCCUUUGA